CAAUCACAAAACAAACUAAUAUGCAUAUAUGAUAACAAAAAAAGCAACAUUUUUACCAUAUUUAAAGGUUUAUAAAUUACGAACAACUUACAGUAUUAGCGGAUCACACGAUCAUGCUGCGACAUGUGGGAAGAUCUUUACCAGUUUAUAAACACGUUCUGGAAUUACCCAGACGAUGUAUGUGUCAAACAAUGGAAAGCGUGCAAGACUCAGUUGGGACACCUGUUGUGAAACCAUCACAGAAUCUGUCUGGCGUCAGCAUCGACACAUUGUCCAUUUGCAAGAAGUUCAAACAAGCUGGGUUUACUGACCUUGAGGCGGAGGCCCUAACGGAGGUUGUGUUUGAUGUUGUAAGAGCCUCCAUAGACUCCCAGGGGAAGAUGAUGGUCACAAAGUCUGGACUAGAAAUCAAAUCUCAGCAGCUGCUAGCCCAGAUCAGCGCAGUACAGAAAGAUAUGAUCAUCCUGGAGAAGAGUGAAUUCACCAUGAUACGCAAUGAGACAGAGAAACAAGGCAUUCAUAUCAAGCAAUUAGAGGGAAAACUAACUGAUACGAUCAAGAGGCUUGAAGGCCAAGUGAAAUUGGACAUCAACCUUGAGAGGAGUCGAGCAACAGAGGCUCAUGCAUUAAAUGAAAAGAAUCUGCAGUCACUCCAUAAUAAGAUUGAAGUCCUGAUGGCAUUAAAUGAAAAGAAUCAACAGUCACUUAAUAACAAAAUUGAAGUCCAGGAGGCUCAAACAGAAAAGAACUUAAAGUCCCUGGAUAACAAAAUUGAUGUUGAGAUCUCUAACAUGAAAACCAGGCAGGAAAAGAGCAGAAACACAGCCAUAUACUCAUUUAUAGGUUUCCUAACAACAGGGGCUUCGCUGUACUUUGCCUACUUGAGGUUGUUAAAGUGAUCCUUGUAGAUGAUUAUGCUACCUCAUCUGUGAUUCCACUAUGAAAAGUCGGCGAAAUGACCAAUGUCCUGGUGAACAGAUGGAGGAAAUAUAACCAAAAACGGACAUUUUUUUUGGGGGGGGGGGGGGGGGGGGGGGUAAGAAAUUUUUAUAUUUUAGUUUUUAUUGUGAUAAUCAUUGAAUUUUUAAAGCAUUCAUAAACAAUCAAGAUAUAAAGACAACCUCAGUGCUGUUUUGAUUUAAGUAUGUUAACGUUUUAAAUAGCUUGUAUUUAUAAAAAUACCUAUUUAAUGGACAAACGAUGAUUGAUGCAGUUUUAUUAGUCCCCAACCUGUUUCACCUGAGGGGACUUGUGGUUUUAGCUCUGUGCGUCUGUCUGUCACACUUUUCUGGUUCCUGCAAUAACUUUAAAAGUUCUUAAUAUUUUUUCAUGAAACUUGAAACAUCGAUAGAUGGCAAUAUUGACACUAUGCACGUCAUUUCAUUGUGUAAUUACAUCAAACAUUCUGGUUGCUAUGGCAACAAAUAGACUAGAAAUACUGCUGAAAAUGGUGGUUUUCUGGGUCCUGCGAUAACUUUAAAAAUUCUUCACAUUUUUUCAUGAAACUUAAUACAUGGAUAGAUGACAAUAUGAACAUUAUGCAUGUCAUUUCAUUUUGUUCCUACGUCAAAAAUUCUGGUUGCUAUGACAACAACAAAAAAAAUAAUUCUGACAAUGGUGGAAUUUCUGACAAUGGUGGAGCCGGUAGGGAACAUAUAUUGCUUGGCAAUAGUCUUGUUACCAAUAUACGUGGAAUUUACUUCAUUAGAUUACUUGAAAUAACUUGCAAUUUUUAUGCCCCCGGUAGGGUGGCAUAUAGCAGUUGAACUGUCCGUCAGUCCGUCUGUCUGUCAGUCUGUGCGUCCGUCCGAAAACUUUUACAUUGGUCAUUACUUUUGCAAUAUUGAAGAUAGCAACUUGAUAUUUGGCAUGCAUGUGCGUCUCAUGGAGCUGCACAUUUUGAGUGGUGAAAGGUCAAGGUCAUCCUUCACGGUCAAAGGUAAAAAAAACAUUGAAUUAAAAAUUCAAAGCGGCACAGUAGGGGGCAUUGUGUUUCUGACAAACACAUCUUGUUGUAUUGUAUUGUUAAAUUGUUUUGCUUUGAAUUUAGAAAAUUGUUCUUAAUGUUUUUCUUUUUAUAUGGUAAUUUUAUUUUCAAUAUGUAAAUAAACAAAUACAUUUUCAAAAUCUUCAUUUAUAUUGUACUUUUAGCUGUCUUUGAAACCGCUCAAGUCAGUUUUGAGCAUUUUAAAGAAAAUGAAAUGAAUAUAAUAAUUUAAGUUUUUAUUGAAACGACUUAUAAGGGAAAUUAUUAGUUCUGCAACAAUACGCCAAAACCCGUAUUGCAAUAUAUUGUCAGUUCAAAAACCCGUAUUGCAAUAUAUCGCAAUAUAUUGCUAACUUGUACCAAAAUUAUAACUUGCCAAUUACCCGAUAAUCCUGUAUAUUCCAGUUUUAAAGCAAAUUUUGGUAAAUAUUUACUAUACCGGUAAAUGUGCUCAAGAAUAACAAGAAACACAAACAUUCGCAACUUUUUUUAAGUAUCAAAUACAUUUUGGCAUUUGUUACUAUUUAAAGAUGUGAUGAAAUAACGUCCAACCGGGGCGGUUUUUUUUCGCUGAACACGCUUAAUUCAUCUGACGUGAUGUUCCCGUUUUUAUACAACACAAAAUACACCCAUACUUUCCAUGCCACGUUCUACAUGUAUGUAUAAUUUUUGCAUGCUUUUUAUUGAGACAAAGAAUAAAGCACUUUUUAUUUGACGCUAUAAUUUUUUAUUGUCGCAUUAGCAUUAAAAUUUUGAUGCGUAUUUCCGAAAUUUGGAUUACAAAUUCAAUAAUGCUCAAUUCAGAAUCAAACGAAACAUUUACAGCUGUGCGCAAUUAAUUCAACAAUAAUCUGUUCAAAAGCAUCGAACGAAUGCUCCAAUGUAACAACACUACUCCGUAUAAUAUACUUUUCAGAAUGCUAUUUUUACGAAAAAAACUAUUUUCACUGCUUUGUUUUGUUUACCUUGUUAUCAUUAUUUUGGAUGGCUUUUCUGGACGAAAUGUGAAUGAAUUUUUGUAAAAUUUUCGUACCGGUAUGAUGAAAAUCGUAUCGCAAUACAAUAUGCGGAUUGCGUAUUGCGAUAUAUACCGAUAUACCGGUAUAUUGUUGCAGCACUAGAAAUUAUUUAUUUAAUCUGGCAUAUUUGUAAGACUGUGAAACAUAGGUGGUAGAUAGUUGGUAGAAAUAUAAAUACAAGCUUUACUCGUCAAUUUCUGAUCCUGUCCAUUAACAUGUCACAAAAAGCAAUCAAUAAAAACAUUAGAGUGUAAAAUA